AUGCGCGAGCGGGAUGUUACUACGCGCACGCGCACGCGCGGCACUCAUUAUAGUAUGACUGCGCAUAUGGGAUGUUGCUAUGCGCAUGCGCGGCAGUUUGCCGUUAUGCGCUUGCGCGAGCGGGAUGUUACUACGCGCAUGCACGGCACACAUAGUAUGCCUGCGCAAAUAGGAUGUUGCUAUGCGCAUGCGCGGCAGUUUGCCGUUAUGCGCAUGCGCGAGCAGGAUGUUACUAUGCGCUGCACUCAUUACAGAACGCAUGCACGGACUAUCGUUGCGCGCAGCAGUGGCUGUGAUGCCUGUGGAGCAUAUUUAUACAGCUGUUUGUGUGUGUUCUGCCAAUAG